CCAGGAUUCACUUUUCUCUCAGCUCCUGGAAACUGAAUACCUGUGGAAGACAUCUGACUAUUUUUAUUGAAAUACGAAAGAAAUUAUUAGAGAACAGCAGAAAUGUCAGUAGUAAGCGCACUGCCCUUCCUAAAGCCCAUCCAUGUGAGAGAUCCGAUCUCCCCCGGACGUCAGCGCCGGCACACUCUCCCCGCCAGCGAGUUCCGCUCCCUCAAUACGGAGGACGCCAUCAGUGUAUUUGAGAUAGAGAGAGAGGCUUUUAUAUCUGUGUCUGGGGAAUGCCCUCUUCAUCUGGAUGAGGUCCGACACUUCCUCACCCUUUGUCCUGAACUUUCUUUGGGCUGGUUCGAACAGGGAAGGUUGGUCGCUUUUAUCAUUGGCUCACUGUGGGACCAGGACCGUCUUACCACUGAUGCGUUGACCCUACAUAAGCCUCAUGGGACUACUGUUCACAUCCACGUGCUGGCGGUACACCGGACCUUCCGCCAGCAGGGCAAGGGAUCCAUCCUGAUGUGGCGUUACCUACAAUAUCUGCGCUGUCUACCAUAUGUCCGCCGUGCCAUGCUCAUGUGUGAGCACUUCCUUGUGCCCUUCUACCAGAAGUCUGGCUUUAAAGUGCAGGGUGCUUCUGAGAUCACCGUAGGGUCACUCACCUUCAUUGAGCUGUUUUACCCUGUACAGGGACAUGCAUUCAUGCGUCGUAACAGUGGCUGUUAGUGUUUGUGUAGCUUUUUGGAACCCCAAAAAAGGCAAAAAUGUUGAAGCAGCUUUUGGUAUUGGUCUAGAUAUCGUGUCAUGCAUUGUUGUGUUUUUUCACUGUUGUAAGCCCUGACAUGGUCAGCACCGCAAAACAUUAUGAUUUUGUUUCUUUUUUUUUUUAAAGAAAAGCAUAUAUAAUGCUUUUCUUAUUUAAAGAAAGCAUAUAUAUACUUUAUCCUACCCUCUCAAAUAAUAGUGAUGGCUGAAUAAUCAGUUGUUGUUCUUUCUCUUUUUUUUUAUUUCAUGUCAAAUUUGGAAGCCCCCUCCCCUUCAAGUCAGUUGAACGAAUAGACUGGGUUUAUAAUAUUUUGUUUAAUUUGUAUGGCAUUUAUGGCUUUUUUGUUAGAUUUUAUUUGUAUUACUUAUGUACAUAUUGAAAUGCUUGACAAAUCUCCUGUUGUGAGAUUGAAAAAGGUGUAAAGGCUGGAAAAGCGAGGAAGUGCUUCUGUUGUAAACAGUGCUACUUUGGACUAGUACUUGUGUUCAGUGUCUUGUGGCUGCUUUAGAUGUGUGACUAUUCUAUGGAAGAAUUAAAAUAGCAUCAACUGAACACUUUUUCCACUGUGAUCUCAUAUGAACAAAGUCACAAGAGCGCACAGUGUUGUCUGGUAUAUCUGUGAGUGCCAAUGUGAUGAACCUUUUAUAUACAAUUACAAUAUGGAUUAUACAUUAGAAUUAUUUAUUUACAUACAGUGAAGCAAAGGUUCAGAGAGUUAUGAAUUUAUGUUGGGGGGGAAAAAAAAUUGUGGACCAGCUCCAUUUGCAGAGAUAUUGCCAAGCAGAUUUGAGAUGUUUAGGACUGGUUUCCAUUUGCUUUUCCCUGUAGAUAUCCACCACCUAUGCCUCCUCAGUCUUGAAUCAAGACAUCUUUGAUUUUGUAAGUAAAGAGAAAUAAAGAAUCUAUUUUUCAGAA